AUGGCGGCUGCUGGUGAACUGAUGGAGUAUCCUUCAAAGUUACAUGAAACGAGAUCUCGUGCAAAACAUCCUAGUUCAUCUGGGGAGGAGGAAGAGAAAAAAAAUACUAGAAAGCAGAAGGCGGAGCACAGCAAAACUAGUGAAGAGGAACACGAUUUGAAGAAGUCCAAGCACGGUAAGUCCGUGAUGGCAGCAGCUAGUGAAGAGGAACACGAUUUGAAGAAGUCCAAGCACGGUAAGUCCGUGAUAGAUGCUGCCAUGGAAUUUGACAAGUUCUGCAAGGCCACCAGGGAGCAUCUCAGCAUCAAGAUGAUGCGCGAAAUCCUUGAAUCCAAUGGACAGGAUUCCAGUGUCGCUGAUGAUGCUGUUGUACCUCGUUGCCAAGAUAUGUUGUUCUAUGGAGCCUUAGAGGACUGUUCAAUUUGUGGAGGCAAAAUCCAGUAUAAUCAGAGAGAGACAUUCACUUGCAAUGGCAAUCACAGUGAAUGGUGUAGUUGCAUCUACACCUCCAAGGACCCACCAAGGAAAAAGAAACCCAUCAAAUUGCCCAAUUUCAUUAAAAAUAUACCUACAGUUUGUAAUUUAAUAAAGAGUAGGCAACAAGUCCCAAAAUACAUGCUAAAGAGGGAAUGUUUGACUGAUAAACCAUUUGAUGGAAUGAGCAUUUCUCUGUCAGAUAGACUUUCUCGUAAACAUGGCUACUGGAAAUCGAAGAUUGAGAGUUACGGAGGAAUGCUCUCGAAUUCCAUAAUUGGUGCAACAUGUCUGGUGCUGUCACCAGCAGAACGCGGCCGUGGUGGUGAUGGUAGCUCUAGAGUAGCAAAAGCAUUGGAACAGGGUAUCCCAAUAGUAAGGGAGGAAUGGCUUCAUGACAGCAUAGAGAAACUAGAGGCCCAGCCUUUCGAUAUCCACGACAUAGUCAGUGAUCUUUCCGUUAAAGGAAAAGGAAUCCCAGUGGAUCAAAAGGGCAUCGAUAAAGAGGUCCUUGUAGCUGAAGUGAAGAUCUACGGAAAGAGGGGAGUUCAUAAAGAUUCUAAGCUGCAGGAGAGAGGGGGUGUAAUACUUGAGAAAGAUGGCAUACUAUAUAACUGUGUCUUAGCAGUAACUGACCUUGCACCAAGAGUGAAUGACUUCUGUGUGAUGCAGCUGAUAAUGGUGCCCAAUGAAGGCUUGCACAUGUAUUUCAAGAAAGGGAGGAUUGGUGGCGAUGAUGCAAGGGAAGAGGAGAGAGUGAAACAAUGGGAGAACGUGGAAAGUGCUAUCGAAGAGUUCGUCAGGCUUUUCGAAGAGCUAACUGGGAAUGAGUUUGAACCAUGGGAAAGGGAAAAGAAGUUUGAGAAGAAAAAUUAUAAAUUAUAUCCCACAGACAUGGCUGAUGGAAUGGACGUCAGACAUGGCGGACUUGGUCUUCAACAGUUGGAAGUAGCAGUGGCUCACAGCAAACUGGAUCCGAUUGCAGCUAAUUUCAUGAAAAUUCUUUGCAGUCAAGAGAUUUACAGGUAUGCUAUAAUGGAGUUAGGGUUAGACCUUCCUGACCUUCCAGUGGGGAUGCUAUCAGAUUUUCAUUUGAAAAGAUGUGAGGGACUACUUGUAGAUUUUCCUCAGAUCUUGGAAUCAACUGAGAAGACAUGCCAGAAGGCGAUAGCCUGGUGGGGAGAUAUCAGCUGUAGAUGGUUUUCUCUACUGCCCAGCUCAAGGCCUAUGCUCUUACGAGAUUUCCAUGACUUGGCAGAUCAUGCUGCAUCUACCUUAGAGACAGUAAGGGACAUAACAAUGGCAUCACAUUUCAUCGGUGACAUGACGGAGCCUACCCUUGAUGAUCCAUUGUUCGAUCGAUAUAAGAAACUAGGAUGCUCUGUGUCUACACUAGACAAGGUCUCUGAUGACUACAAGAUGAUAGUGAAGUAUUUGGAGACAACAUAUGAACCUUUCAUAGUCGGAGAUGUUAAUUAUGGGGUGUCUAUUAAGAACAUAUUGGCUGUUGACCCAACUGCAUGCCCUUCCUAUGAUGAGAUUAAGAAUCUUCCUAACAAGUACUUGUUGUGGUGUGGAACUAAGAGCUCCAACCUGUUAAGGCAUUUGCAUAAAGGUUUCCUUCCAUCAAUCUGCUGGCUCCCUCAGCCUGGUUAUAUGUUUGGGAGGUCAAUUGUAUGUUAUGAUACUUCAGCUGCAGCAGCCAGAUAUGGGUUUACUUCUGUUGAUCGCCCGGAUGGAUUCUUAGUUUUGGCCAUUGCUUCUCUAGGAGAUCAGAUAACAGAAUAUAAUCGCACACCUGAGAUGGAGGAGGCAGUGGCAUUACAAGUAAAGAAGAUGGGAGUGGUGGGAUUAGGCAGAAAGAAAACCGAUGAAUCGGAGCAUUUCAUUUGGAAAGAUGACAUAAAGGUCCCUUGUGGUCAUUUAGUGCCUUCUGAGCAUGAGGAAAGCCCUCUAGAGUACAAUGAGUUUGCUACAUAUGGAUCUAAGGUGAGGAUUUGUUUCAUAGUUGAAGUGAAGUAUGAGGAGGUGUAGAAUGUCGUUUGAGGAUUCAGAUCGCCUUUUGUUGCUGCUUUUUGCCUUUUGCUUUUUGCUGUUUGUUUGUACUUAAAACUCUAUAUAUCACCAGUAGUCACCACAGGAACAUACACCAUCUUUAAAAUGGUGAAACCUGACUGUAUCUCGGACAACUAUUUCCCUAUUUUCAAUAUCCGAAAUCAAUUUAAUAAA